UGGUUGCUUCCGGGUGGUUGUUACAGACGCUUUGUGGAUAAUUCAGAUUAGUUACAAUGGAGCAGAUUGUAACAGAUUUUCAUUGACUGCAAACAAAACGCUCUGAUCGAGAGGCAGGAUGGAAUGGCAGGGGGACCUUCCACAGGAUCAUGCCUUUGUAGAGCUCCUGCUUCCUGGGCUUCCCAGCGAGCUGGAUAUCCAACAGCUGCUCCGAGACACAGAGGACAAACUCAAACUCAAUGCCUGCAGUAUAGAACAGAAUCUGAAGGAACUUCAGGGGAAGAUGGGUGAGUCCUGGACGGGGGAGCAUCCGCCCAGCCCAACGGAAUGUCUGCAGUGGUUUAACCCACGGAACAACAGCACUGUCAGGCCUGUCGCCACAGGAAACCAGGAGCUUCUGGACUUCCUGAAAGCUCUGCUCCAGUACCUUAGGACCGAGGAGGAGGGGCGAGAGGACGUGACCCUCCAGCUGCUCCACAACAUCUCCUCCCAGUGUGGCGUGUCCUUCCCCAACACCACCCCCUCGCCCAUCCUCCAGCAGCCCGGCCCCUCGGCACACACCUUGGUCCACACGGUCAGGGACGACAGUGCUCUGGAGAGCCAUGAGGUGUGGGACGAGGUAAGGCUCCGGCUGCGGCGCCACCUGCUGGACAGACUUUCCUGUUCCCUCCCCGUCCCUCAGCGCAUCUACUGUCUGCAGCAGCUGUUCUUCCUCUACCCAGAGUGGGAGGUGCUGACGCACUACCAGGGCCUGAGGAGCCAGGCUGUCCUGUCUCUGCUCCACUCUGCCCUGGCCUCCAGCCCCGGUGGGAAGGAGACGGGCUUCGACAGGCUGGCCCUGGGGCUCCGUGCUGCCGCCCCGGCCCUGUGCUCGGCCCUCAGGGAGGAGCUCCAGGUCCUCAACGGGGUGGCCAAGCCCCACACCAUUCUGGGUUUCCUGAAUGCUGCCUACCUGAACACUGUGUCCCAGGAGCUGGGCGCCAUGAUGGAGAGAGAGUGUGAGAACGCCCUAAAAGACAACACUACGCUGAGCGGUGGCAAGGGAAGGAAAACCUCGGCCAGGACCAAGGCUACUGUAGCGCCUCUGGAGCUGCCCCCCAGGAGAGGCAGGAACUUCAGCCUAACAUCUCACCAGCUGAGGGUCCUGACCCAGCUAGCCUGCACUCUGCUGGGCCUGGAGAGCCAAGUGGACGAGCUGGCCACUCAACUGGCAUUCAUCAACUGUGCCGGGGAGACUCCCUGCAGUGUGAGAGGAAUAUUGAAAAAGACCAAAGACGACUUAGAUAUGACCACUGUGGAUGGUAACAAGACCACGGCAGAGACGCUCUUCCAGAGUCCGGAGACCGUUGUUCUGGAGUUUGAUUGGAGGGCUGGGUUCAGGAAGCUGGUGCCCCAUAUGGCUCACUGUGUCAAGGUGGUGCUGGAGGAUGUGUGCACCAAGAGUCUGCAGCAGGAGGAGCUGUCACACACAUCUGGCUCCGCCCACAUGGUCCUGACUAACACACCCCACAGAGAUGACUCCUCCCUCACCUGCCCAGAGAGGGACCGCCCCAAGAUGGUCGCCAAGUUCUGUGGCGACAUCAUGGGGGAGUGUGAUGCCCUCCUGCCCCUGGCGGAGGCGUGUGGCGAUGCCGCCCUCCUGGAGGUGCGCUGCAGCUUCGUGGAGGUGUGUGCCUGGGUCACGUCUGCCAUCUUGGGCCGUGUGGAGGAACGGGCAGGGGAGGUGCCCUCUGCUGCCCCCUUGAAGAACCUGAUUGCUCUGCUGGGCACCAGUAUGUACAUCCACCAACGGCUGUGCCACUAUGAGGCCCAACUCAGAGAGACUAACACCACUGCAGCCAGAGUGCCCAUGACACUGCUGCCCAUCCAGAGGUACCAGGAUGUGACGGAGGGCCUGAGAGAGCAGCUGGCUAGCUACUGUGUCCAGGUGUGCACCAGCACUAUCCUGCAAGACGCAGAGAGCCACCACUGGGCUGACCCCAAACCCUUCUACGAGGGUGAUAGGUGUUCAUUCUCAGUGCAGAUGUGGCACUACUUCCUGACUGGGCUGCGUACUGACCUGUGGUUGGCUGUGCCGGGCUCUGUGGGGCGGGACGUGCUGGCUCAGGUGACCAGUGAGAGUCUGCAGGUUCUGGUGCAGAGGUACUCCAGGGCACGGCCCUCCUACAAGAGGCACCUGCAGAUCAGGUGUGACAUCACGGUGGUGCUGCUGUGUGUGGAGCAGCUCAUGUGGAGUGUGUGUGAGCGGCCCGAGGCGCUGGCGCAGUCAGAGACGUCGGUGGCGGGCUGCGUCUGGGUCGCCUCAAUCCACAGCCUGUGUGACCAGCUCCUGACCACGCUGGUCGUCGUGACCGCACCCCUGCCUCAGCUCUACUGGACUUUCCAGGACAGACCUGGAGAGGGCUCUGCGCCAGCUCUGGCCCAUUCCCCAGGCAGCCCUGGCAUACACUGGCUCAGUGCCAUCCACCCUGGCCUGUUCACCCAGCAGGCAGCACGGGAGGGCCUGGCGGACGAAGCGACCUCCGAGUGCCAGCUGAGGCUGCUGACCUCUGACCCGAGAUGCAGUCCCAGGUUGCUGCUGACCGCCAUCCUGCACAGAGACUGUCACCUGCUGCGAGUCCUCCUGGAACACUCCCAUUUCUGCAUGGAGGAGGAGGCAGAUGCUGAUGCUGUGUCUCCUGUGAAGAGCGAUGCUGGAGAUGAGUUUAUGGAGGCUAUGUACAACGUGCUCAGCUCUCUGAACAAUUUCCCCAAAGCCCUGACUCUGGCCCUGGAGACUUACUUUGACAGAGGACACUUAUGGGACUAUCUAUACAGCCUGGCAGAUUCAGUGCGGCCUGUCCCCGUGGUGAUCAGCUUUAUCCGGGCAGUGGUCAACCAGCCUGUCCACUGCCUUCUGGGCCAUCUGGUCACCAUGGUACUGGCUUGGCAAGCCUCUGAGGAGCCCCUUUCCCCCCUGCUCAGACGGGACGUCCCAGACAACAUCCUCACUAAAGUCCCCAAGGAGUGGAGCUAUACCCUUCAGACACCCAAGGGGAGGGAAUCAGCUAAGAGUGUGGUGAAUCUGGCCCUCCAGGCCCUCUCCUUCAUCUACACCAACCUGCCCUCGGCCGUGGCUUCCCUCCCCCUGCCAGUACGCUUCCUCUUCCACACAGCAGAGAAACACCUUUCCCAGCAUGCUCGGCAGCUGCGCUCAACAGGCCUGCUCCUCUGGGCCCUCCUUAGCUGUCUCUGCCAGUGCCUGGAGGACCCCAACUCACUGGAGCUGCUGUGCGGUUUGCCUUUGGACCGGGGGGCCAAGGAGAGACUGGCCCUGCUGUCAGAGUGCCUCCAGGGGACCAUGGGCCAGGGCCAGCAGAAGGGUGUGCCCAAGCCCACUGUGCACAAGGUACUGCAGGCUCUGGAGGAGAGGAGGCCCAAGUGGUGCUCCAUGCAGCUGCAGAAGGCCCGCAAGCUCUGCUCCGAGAGUGCGUUUGAGUGGGGCGAGAGUGGUGUUCCACAGGAGGGGGGCGGCGGUGUGGCUGAGGCGACUGAGCAGAAAAUAGGGCUGAUACUCCUGGAGAUUUGCCACAAACCAGGUGGCUCUGAGUACCUGAGGCAAAUCUAUCAUAUCAUCCAAGUCAAUGAGCCACUGUUGAGGUCCAAGCUGUGUGUGUCCAGUGACCCACCAAUUGACUCUCCUCAGACAGUGACCUUUGACCUGGGAACAGACUGCCCUGGUCACCCCUCACCCCGGUUCAACCCCCUCCACCAGUUUAACCACAUCGGCAGCAGCAAGUUUGACCAGGCAGCCGUGGGAGACUGGGCCUGGGACUGGGCCACACUGCUGCCAACUUACAAGGGGAUGAGUCAGGUGACCUUGAGAGCACUACUGGCCAACAGGUGGGAGAUGCAGGAUGGUGCAGCUCUGGAAGAUGAAGAGAAGCCUCUGGUGGAGGAGCUGCAGAAAGCCUACUUCAACCAGAGCCCUGGAUCCCAAGGCCCCCCCCGGAGUCACCCAGGCAGCCCAGGAUGAACAGCAUGCAGCAGCAAACAUCAUCAAUUAAAUCUGCCGCGCUCCUUCCUCCAAAAGCCCUUUGUGUUAAACGAGAAACAUUGUAACGUCUGUGCAGUACGGCUUAGGGAGAAGCUGUGUGUGUGUGUGUGUGUGUGUGUGUGUGUGUGUGUG